CUCGCCCCCCGGCCGGUGCUCAUUUGCAAAGGACCGUCCCAGCCAAGUGCCUGUUGGUAGGAAUCCGCUUGGCCUCGGGUCUGAGGGGGCUUGGAGGUGGCUGUGGCUGCGACUGAAGCAGGCAUCCAGGAGAGUCCACAGGAAAGAAGGCGCCAUGGACGAUCAGGGCUGUCCCCGGUGUAAGACCACCAAAUACCGGAACCCUUCGUUGAAGCUGAUGGUGAAUGUGUGCGGACACACUCUGUGUGAAAGUUGCGUGGACUUACUCUUUGUGAGAGGAGCUGGAAACUGUCCUGAGUGUGGCACUCCACUUAGAAAGAGCAACUUCAGGGUACAACUCUUUGAAGAUCCUACUGUUGACAAGGAAGUUGAGAUUCGGAAAAAAGUGCUAAAGAUAUACAAUAAAAGGGAAGAAGACUUUCCUAGUCUAAGAGAAUAUAAUGAUUUCCUGGAAGAAGUGGAAGAAAUUGUUUUCAACUUGACCAACAAUGUGGAUUUGGACAACACCAAAAAGAAAAUGGAGAUAUACCAAAAGGAAAACAAAGAUGUCAUUCAGAAAAAUAAGUUAAAGCUGACUCGGGAACAGGAGGAAUUGGAAGAAGCUUUAGAGGUAGAACGACAGGAAAAUGAACAAAGAAGACUAUUUAUACAAAAAGAAGAACAACUGCAGCAGAUUCUAAAAAGGAAGAAUAAGCAGGCUUUUUUAGAUGAACUGGAGAGUUCUGAUCUCCCCGUUGCUCUACUUUUGGCUCAGCAUAAAGAUAGAUCUACCCAACUGGAAAUGCAACUUGAGAAACCUAAACCUACAAAACCAGUGACAUUUUCCACAGGCAUCAAAAUGGGUCAACAUAUUACAUUACCACCCAUUCAGAAGCUUGAAGAAGCUCUAUAUGAAUAUCAACCACUGCAAAUAGAGACUUGUGGGCCACAAGUUCCUGAGCUUGAAAUGCUAGGAAGACUUGGCACAUGGGAUCUAGUUCCCCGACCAGGGAUUGAACCCAGGCCCCCUGUAUUAGGAGCGCGGAGUCUUAAUUGCUGGACCACCAGGGAAGUCUAUAAAUAGUGGGUGGAGAUGCUAAGGCAUGGAGAGGUUCAGCAACCUACCAAAGGUCAAUACAUCUUAAAAGGAGAAGAGUUUGGAUUUGAACCCAAGUGGUUAAACUGCAGAGUCCAUGUUCUAGAGAUAACUGUCAAACUUAUAAACAAUAGCUGUGCAAAACCAAAUCUGAGUAGUCAAACUUCUUAAGACUUCCAGGAAAUUUUACAGAUCAAGUAUCUAGUUCUUAUAUGGGAUAUAAGUGACAUCAACUAAAUAAUGGUGUUGAUAUCCUUGAGAGAAGUCCUGAGGAAUUCAUUAUGUAGAACAUGAUUUGACUGCUAACUGCACUCCCUUUUAUGCAGACAUUAAUGGAUUGAAUACAUUUACUUGGUAAUUAGGAUGCAUUAUUAUUUAGUAUUCCUUAAUUUCUUUCAAUAAAUAUUUGAGUUAAGCUUCUCUUAGAAGUUACCUUUAGGCUGUCAGCAGGUGGUUUGGAAUAAUCAUUUCAAAAUCUAAUUAACGUGGCAGAAAACUUGUCAAAAAGUUAACA